AUGUCAAACCAUGAGGACAUUCCUCCCCUGCAAUUUAAGAAAUUGGAACCAAUUUCUUACCAAUCUGAAUAUGAAAUGGAUUAUAACGUCCAAGCACAAAACUGUACCUCUUAUUCAACUCUAGAUCUAGUUUCAGCCAGGGAUUCUGCCACAUCUUCAUCUAUGGUAACUGCCAGAUCAACGGACACACCCAAAUCAUCUAAUUAUGAUAAAUUAGACCCAACAGAUAUUGCCAAGAAGUUAUACGAUGUUUUUAAGGCCAGCGAAGAAUUGUGCGAUGCUGCUAAACUCAAGUUUGGUGAAAUGGAAUUCAACGAAUCCUGCAAAUGUGUAAUUGGUCAAAUUGCAUCAGCAUCCCACUUUGUCCUUCCAUGGAAUGCAAUAAAAUUACUAUUGGCUAUUUCCUGGAUCAAAAUACUGGAAGAAUUUGAUAACCCCAAUAAGAUGGAUUUAGAAGAGGUGAAGGUUUUGUAUAUGUCACAAAUUCUUAAGUUCAACAAACCAUUUCUAACAGUACAACGUUUUGCUGAAAUAUUAUUUCACCAGCCAUACAAACAAAUAGACAAAUUCCUCAAUGCUACUGUUAGAAUUAUAUUCAUCAGGGAAUCUAAUUAUAUCAACGGACCAAACGAGGGCUUGUACACUGAUGAUAUUAUAGCAUUAGUUAAGAUCACGAACAAAUGGCAGCAAAUGCUAGGGGAAAAGAUGAAACAGAUGGGUCUAGAGGUGGAUGAAGAGAUUUGGUCCUCCUCGGAAACCGAGAAAUCGGACAAGAAGGAGGACGAAACAUCAUUAGACGAGGAAAAGAGGGAUAAUAACACGCCAAGCGACGCUAUUAAGCGGGAUUUUGAUGAAGAAGAUGAAAAUAUACAUUCUAAAAGGGCCAAAAUUCAGCUUUAA